AUGGCGAGCAGACAGGGUCGGACUUCUUCUCUGAACUUCACCAUCGACAACAUCCUCAACUUGAGGCACGACAAGAGGCCCGCGGAGAAAAAGUGUGACUUUCCAAAAGGAGGCGAAAGGGACGUUGGGACAUGCUUUGAGGAGGAAGUGUGGGACGUCCACAGGAGGAAGGACGGUGGACACCAGGAAACAGCGGCAGGCAAAGCAAACGCGGACCCUGGAACGUCAGAACCAGGACUCCUGCCGCCACCGCCACCACCAAGCAGGAAGAAGACGCGCACCAUCUUCUCGAAAAGGCAGAUCUUCCAGCUGGAGGCCACCUUUGGGGUGAAGCGCUACCUGAGCAGCUCCGAGCGAGCGGGCCUGGCCCGUGCCCUGCAGCUCACAGAGACCCAGGUCAAGAUCUGGUUCCAGAACCGACGCAACAAACUCAAGAGGCAGCUGUCCACGUCCUCGCUGGACGCGGCCGUGGUGGAGAACAUACUUUCCAAAGGCAGUAAGCACCUGCAGGCUGGAUGUUUGCUAACGCUGGGCUUUCCCGUGUGGCACCAAGACCCACACGCCGAGCCCUACAUCUACUUCUCCGACUCCGCUAAAUAUUUGGGACUGUUUGGUGGACACGGGUGACUUUUUAUAAUAAUAACAUAUUAAAACAUUAGACAAGCAUGUGACACUUUUUGUUCACUUUUUGAAAAAAACAUAUACAUACUGUAUAUAUGAAUGAAUGUACUUUUUUAUAUAUUAUUUCUAUGUUAUGUAUUUA